CGGAGACGGAAGCUCAACCGGACGUCGUCGCACCGCCUCGCCAUGCUGCGCAACAUGGUGACGUCGCUCAUCAAGUGGGAGCGCAUCCGCACGACGACGCCCAAGGCGAAGACGCUGCGGCCCUACGCCGAGCGGCUCAUCACCUACGCGAAGAAGGGCGACCUCCACGGCAUGCGCCUCGCGGCGCGCGUCGUCCGCGAGCAGUCGGCGCUCCGCAAGCUCUUCGAGGUGCUCGGCCCGCGCUACGCGGCGCGCCGGGGCGGCUACACGCGCAUCCUCAAGCUCAACGAGCCGCGGGCCGGCGACAAGGCGCCCAUGUCGGUCAUCGAGUUCGUCGACCGCGACGGCGAGCUCCGC